AUGGCUUCCUCAUUACCAAAUAAGGAUUUAUUGCUGAGUAUUGCUAAUCGAGAUCAAAUAUCUGCUGCUAUUACAAGAACAAAUACAGAAAAAUUGAGCAAAAAACGUCGAGAUCAAUUGAAAAUCACCGCAGUUGAAGAGAACAGAAAUUCAACAUUACAACAGAAGACUGUGCCUUCAGAAUCAAAGGGUGGUCAAACGAUCUGGCGAAAUAUAAUUUGGCUGAUCAUACUAUUUAUCUAUUCAUUCAUUGGUGGUUUAGCGUUUAGUGCAAUUGAAGGCGGUCAUGAAAAAAUUGAACGAUUAAGGGCUUAUGAGCGUGAACUCGAUUUUUAUGAAAAUCGGCUAAAAUAUCAAUAUCAGAUAUAUAUAAAGUUACGUGAAACUUAUCUCGAUACAUCGUUCAGUAUGGGUCAAAUGGCUAAUGCGCCAAGUGCUGAUGAGACCAAAAUGACGAUUGUCCGAGAAAUUUUCGAGUGGUAUGACAAACAGCUCGGUGUAAAAACAGAACCGCCAGCAAUGGAGGAUACGAAAUGGAACCUUUGGGGAGGAGUUUAUUAUGCAGCAAGCUUAUAUACCACAAUUGGCUACGGAAAUUUCCACCCUAAAACGCAAGCUGGUCAAAUUCUUUCGAUGAUAUAUGCGUUUUGCGGCAUUCCUUUAGUUUUUACUAUACUUUUGGAAUGGGGAUUUCUUUAUUUUACUUGGAUUGAAAUAUUCUGGAAGUGGUUCAAUUGUAAAUUCUGCUCUGGUUCUAUGGAAGCUCACUUAAAGCGUCGCAUUAACAAAGAAAAAUUUCGCAGAGCUGGCAGCGAAUUGUCGCUUCGAUCAUCUUCGGUCUUACCUUUGAUUCACAAGCCUCAUAAAGAUGCGAUUUAUCAAACUGAUCAUCAGAUCGAAAGUGGCAAGCGAAUUGUUCAACUCGAGGUUGAAUUAAGUGAUGUUGAAAAGCAAAGAACUGUUCCGCUUAAGGCAGCUUUGAUAUUUUUCUUCUCAUGGAUUCUAAUCAGUGCAUUUAUUGUCCGACUUUGGGAAACUAAUUGGACCUAUUUUACUGCUUAUUAUUAUUUCUUCACAUCACUUACAACAAUUGGCCUUGGCGAUGUUGUUACGGAAACACCGAACUUUAUCAUAUUCAAUCUUGCGUUAACGAUGAUUGGUUUAUCAGUCGUCGGUCUCUGCAUUGCUAUCGUUCAGGCGAAAAUCCGGUUGAUUUUUGACCGCAUGAUUCGGUCGAUCGACGGACAAUAUCGCAUUCGACAAAUCGAUCCAGAUGUAGCAACGAUGACAUUGAUCACCAAUGAAAAAGAAGGAAUUAAAAGGUUAUGCGAGGCGCAACCAAUUCAAGAUCGCAUAAUUUAUAUAGCUAUGGAUGAACAUAAAAAGCAACUUCUUGAAGACAGGUGGAAAUCACGCAGUAGUAUGAUCAAUCGGGUAACACAAACAUGGCCAAAUCGAACAGAUAAAUGUAUACAGACAGGUCAAAGGGUUGACGAACAGCCAAGAAUGAGACAAGAAGGUACCGACGAAAGUUGCGACGAGGAUGAAGAAAUAGAAAAUGGUACCGAAGUUGAAUAUGACGAUAUAGGAAAGCGAAUUGUGCCUCCGAGCAAUAAAAGAUACAUUUAUACAGUUUUUGACUGA